GUCCUGUACAGUAAUUCGACCCGUAGUCCUCUCCUUCCGGUCUCCCGGCCGGAAGUGGCCGGUGGCGCAAGGCAUUGUGGGUAUCAUGGCGGCCGCCCUUUGCCGGCGCUUCUUCAGCGCCGUGAGGGUCUCGGGAGUCUUACAGGCCCCGCCAGGCGCCUGCCUUUCCGGAUUAACCUUGAACCUGCUCCAUAAGAACAGUACUAAAGUAGAGCCCCUCUAUCAGUGUAAGUUUCUCCAUACUACUUUGUCACGGAAAGGACUGGAAGAGUUUUUUGAUGACCCAAAAAACUGGGGAGAAACUGUAGUUAAAUCUGGGGAUGAGUGGCAUGCAAAACACCUAAGAAACAAGAGUAAUGAAGAUUUGCACAAACUUUGGUAUGUCCUACUGAAAGAGAGAAACAUGCUUUUAACUCUAGAGCAAGAAGCAAAGCGACAAAGUUUACCUAUGCCAAGUCCGGAACGAUUAGAAAAGGUGGAAAAGUCUAUGGGAAGAAUAAACUUAGUUAUUAAAGAAAGAGAAGUUGCUCUGCGGCUGUUACAAACAGGCCACGAAAACCCGCGACCUGGCGAGUGGCGAAAUGACUUCUUAGGACGUACUUACUGGUACAAUUCCAAAGAGUGGCCAAUACCUUGGUACCUGAACAAAAAAUACAACAGGAGGAAAUUCUUCUACUUGCCACAUGUGAAACAUUUCAUCAGACUCAGAAUAGAACAACACUUGAAAAAACAAGCAAGGAUGAAAAGCUUAGAAAAAAAGAAACAGUUCCUUUUACAAAAGAAAUUCCCUCACCUUGCUGCACAAUCACAGAAUUAAUAUAAAUCUGGAAGCGUGAUGCAAGUAAUAGUUUUAUUGCAGUAGUCUUAAGAUUCUACAUAUGACUGGCAUGUAGUGUGAACAUAUUUUCAGUGGGCAGCAGAUAAAGAACAGGGCUGCCUGUGAGGGUUUUUUGUUCUUUGAUCUUUUUUCCCUGCCCAAAUAAAGCUCCUCAACCCUAAAAAUAAAAUUCAUAACUGGGUUGAGAGACCUUCAGAGCAAAACAAUAUAAAUUUGUACUGAGUCAUUUAACUGUGAUAAAAUAUUACUUUUCCAGAAACCAGGUGCUGAAAAUUAAUGUUUUAAUAUUACGUGUCAUUUACUAUAAAGCUGAACUGUAUAUGCUUAAUAGUAAAAAAGCAUCUGCAAGACAGAUUCCAGUCAAGGCAGUUGUAGACAUGUCUGCUUUAGCUUUUAAUAAAGAGGUCUUCUCUCCCUUUUUUCAUCUUUUUUUGCACUUAACACUUAGCAUAGCACAUUAUACAAGCUAUAGCAGCUGUCCAAUGCACUGUUCUGUUUAAGUAUAACAAAAUAACAAAUGCAUUAGGCAGCAAAUUACAGCAGCAAACUGACCACCUAGUUGUAAAAUCAAGUAG